AUGUCCACCUACGCCUGCAGCAAGAAGAGCGAGGAUGAGAAAACCAGAGGCGCCAUCUGGGGCGUCGAGGGCACCUGCAACAGCACCGCCGUCAUCAAGGUCAGCAGCAUCCGUGGCGUGCACAAGAUCCCUGGAGAAGGGGAGGUGCUGUUCUCGCCUACGGAGGGUGCAAGCGCUGGCCCCCUGUCCCCUCCAGACAGCACGUUGCCCUUCCUGCAGAGCGCCGCCCUCGCCGCGAUCUACAUGUUGGCGAGCAUGUUAUUCGUCCUUACUAUCCGCUACACGAAGAACCACCAUCAACAAUAUAACGACGCCCUCGUCGUCUUCGCGAUCGAGCUGACCAAGUUGGCGGUGUCUGUGGCCCUCAAGUACCGCGAGGACGCCGAGUUCCUGCCGACUAAGGUGCUCUUUAGUGCGCAGCGACGCGAGAUCUGGCGCGGCGGCCUCCCCUACACUGUUCCAUCGUUCCUUUACACGGUGUACAACAAUAUGACCUUCUCCAAUCUGAAGCUGUUCGACGCCGGCACGUACCAGGUGUUCAUGCAGACCCGCAUCCUGUUCACAGGUAUCCUCUUUAGCCUUCUGCCGCACCAGGCCCUCACAGUGCGCAAGUGGGUUGCUCUCGUGCUUCUGAUGAUCGGUGUGGCGAGCAAGUAUUACUCCCCCAGUACGCUGCAGCUUGGCCCCCGCGUACUCCUCAUUCUGCCUCAGGCGCUCCUGUCAUCGAUGGCAGGUGUGUAUAACGAGUACGCGCUCAAGAAGGAGCGGCAUCUCUCCAUCCACCAGCAAAAUUUCUUCACGCACUUGUACGUCAUCCUCUUCAACACCGUCUUUGGCCUCCUCGCCGACCCGGCCAUCAUCACGGGCGUCUUUGCCGCGACAACGACAACGACGAGGACCAGCACUGCGGCCGUCGGCGAACUGAACGGGAAUGCUGCACCGCCGCAGCAGCGCAGCGGCGCGCCGCUCGUAGUCCUCCUCAUCAUAUUCGGCACUGUCAUGGGGAUCUCUGCGGCGUUCAUCCUGAAGUUUCUCAACGUCAUCGCCAAGGCGUUCGCGUCUGCUCUCGAAGUGCUGCUUACCGCAGCCGUCGCCGCCGCACUACUCGGCGAGCCCUUCACCAGUCAUGACGCAAUCGCCGUCUGGAUCGUGAUGACCGCCAUGUGCAUGUACUACACGCGCGGCUGGGGGGAUGCCCGCACCAUCUCAUGCCGCUGCGCCACAAAAUGA